UCCCCGGCUCUUCCCCCCGGCUCCCCCCCGGCCCGGCCAUGGCGCUGCUGCGGGCGGCCGCGCUGCCGGCCGAGGGCGGCCCGGCCUGGCUGCCCACGCACGUCCAGGUGACGGUGGUGCGGGCCCGCGGGCUGCGCUGCAAGGGCGGCACCGGCGCCGGCAAAGGCAAAGCGGGCGGCAGCGACGCGUACACCGUGAUCCAGCUGGGCCGCGAGAAGUACAGCACCUCGGUGGCCGAGAAGAGCGGCGGCAGCCCCGAGUGGCGGGAGGAAUGCGCCUUCGAGCUGCCCCCCGAGCCCGGGCCCCGCGCCGGGCUGGUGCUCACCGUGAUGCACCGGGCGCUGGUGGGCAUGGACCGGUUCCUGGGACAGGCCGUGGUGCCCCUGGAGCCCGCCCGGCAGCGCGGGAGGGAGCCCGACGAGCGGUGGCACAAGCUGCACUCCAAGGCCGGGAAGAAGGAGAAGGAGCGGGGUGAGAUCCUGGUGAGCAUCCAGUUCACACGGAACAACCUCACAGCCAGCAUGUUCGACCUGUCCAUGAAGGAUAAACCACGGUCACCCUUCGGGAAGCUGAAGGACAAGGUGACAGGCAAGAAGAAAUACGACCUGGAGUCGGCCUCUGCCAUCAUCCCCAGCAGCCUGGGCGGCCUGGACGUGGAGGAUGACUACGAAAUGGGGGGCAAGAAGGCCAAAGUCAAGGGCUUUUUCCUGAAGAACAAGCUGCGCAAGUCAUCCCUGACGCAAUCCAACACUUCCCUGGGUUCCGACAGCACCAUCUCCUCUGCCAGCCUGAGCUUGGCAGCAAAUGUUCCUGAGGUAACCAAAUCCCCGAACAGACACAGCAGUCUGUCCAUGGAGCGCUCUGUAACAAGAGCCGAGAAUGUGUUUGGUCAUUGCAUUGCUUGGACCGAAGCGUUUGUGGUGUGUGUGGUGUGUGCUCACAGCUCUGUCACAGCAUUAACCAGGAGGACUGUUUUGUCUUCCCUCCACAGCCUGGAAGUGUCUCCUCAGGUAGAAACCAGCUCAGAUGCUCCUUCUCAUUUUCCUCCCUGCUCCCCCGCCCCGUUUCCUCCUGCCCAUCUCGCUCGCAUGCCAAGCUCUAACCUCCCUCCCGCUACUGGAGACAGUCAGGCCGGAUGCUUGUCCCCCACCAACCCAUUCCUCAACUCCCUGCAGAGCAAUCCCUUCUUUGAGGACCUCCUCGCUGACCAGGUACUAAAUUCUCCUUCACCUACUCACUUUUUCUCUAGUUUCCCGUGUGGGCCGCAUGCUUCACCAGAGGUCGCUGGGAGCUUUUAUUCCUCUGAGGAUUGCAGUCCCUCUGCCUCCCUAAGGCACACAGACCCAGAGAGGGAGUCUCCAGCCAAAAGCAUUGGUGUCCCCGUUCCUGAAACCACUCCCCCAUCACAAGGAGACCUUCCUCCUCCGGACACCAAACCCGCUGUCCCUCCGCCACUCUCGGAGUGGGACGAUACCUUCGAUGCCUUUGCCACCAGCAGGCUCAAGCCAGAAGGGAAGAAGGAAAACUUCUUUGCUUCCCUGGCAGCAGAGGGCAUGGCUUUCAUCGAUGAUGCUGAUGCUGCCAGCCCAACGGAGAGAGCAGCCAAGCCAGCCCAUGAGAAGGGCACACAAGGAUUCGAAAAGGCCGAUUCCCAAAUGGGCGGUGAAAUACCCGCGGCUCUUCGGUCUUGGACAAAUUUCUCCAGUUUAGAUGUGGGGGCCAACUUGGUGAGCACAACCCAGGAGGCCACGGUGAUAGAGGACGUGCUGAGCCCCGUGUCUGCAGGGUCCAUGGGGAGGAGGAGGAAGAGCAGCACGCCCAUGGUUUGGACAGCCGCGUUUGCGUCGGGAAACUCCGCGGAAAAAGAGGCUUCGACAGCACUGACCGCUGGAAGUAGCACCAGGGAGGGAGGGGACGGUGAUGAGGAGGAAUCCUCUAGUGCAGGGACAAAUGGCUGGAUGACCAUAGCCACCGAAACUGCUCCUGAGCCCUCAGAGAGCACCCAAAGCGUGGCUGAGGAGCGCGUGGGUCAGGACAGCGUGUUCGGCCCACGACCCGCCUUCCUCGGCGACGGCGCCUUCGAAGCCAACAGCGCGUCCCGUGCUGCCGCCCGUGUGCUGCCCAGGAGCACCUUCCCCCCCGAGCUCGCCCCCGAAACCCUGCCAGGCAGCAACGUGGUGGCCGUGCCCCCGCGGGUGCUGGCGGAGGUGGCAGCACGGCCGCUCCCUGCCCCUCCCGAGCAGGGGACGGAGCUCCAGGGCGCGGGGAAUGAGGAGGACGCGUUCGACAUCCGCACGUCGGUGUACCGGCUCCAGGCCAGCAUGAGGCUGGAGGCCAGUGAAAGCCUUGUAAAGCUCAGCUCUGACAUCCGUGAGAGGCACGUCGUCCUCUCCCCGUGGACGGGGACCCAAGAGCGGGAGGAGAUCGUGGCCGGCUCGGCGGUGCCGCCCCCAAAACCUCCCCGGUGGUUCGCGGCCGCCGGCGUCGGAGGGGACGGGGAAGAGGAGGAGGCUCGUGGCCCACAACAAGGCAGCGAGGAGCGAGGGGAAGACACCGAGCGCCCAAAAGCAGAUGUGGAGUUGCCAAGGAGCCGUGUGAGCAGCGAGCCCUCUGUCCCGGCAUCUCCCAGCCCUCCUGCCCUGGGAGUGGACAUCGCCGAAGCCGGGAGGGAGUUUCUGGUCUCCAAGGGUGCUGAGUGUGCGGACUCAGCAGCGAGAGCCAGCGAGCUGGGAAAAGGGGACACCUCUCUGGGGGAAGACCCAUCGGAGAUGAACGAGACGGAUGUGGCUGAGCAGUUCGAGACCUGCGCAUCCAAGUUCUCCCUGGACGGAUCAGGCCAGUCGGGUGCUGAGCAGAGCUGGAGCCAGCCCCGUUUGUCCCCUCAGACGGGGCCCACAGACAAUGCCAAGUGGGAGAUGGCCUCCGCACAGGAGCCAUUCCCUGAGGAGCUCAACGUUUCAGGACUAAACCCACCUUCCAAGCUAGGCCUGAGCCAGCCGGAAAUGUUCUGGACGGCUCUGGAAGAGCAGGAGGAGGCAGCUGCUCAUCCCGCUGGUCUCAGCCCAAGGUUAGCGCGUGGGGAGAGCCCACCCCGGCCGCAGCCGGCAUGGGAUGAUGGUGAGGGGCAAGAGGGACACCGGCCUGAGCCUUGUGCCCCCAUGGCAGUGGCCAGCCCUCCUGAGGAGGCAGAGCAGGGCAGACCCCCCCGCAGCGAGCCCGAGGGGCCGUGGCACUCGGCAGACAGCAGGAUAGACUUCAAGAAGGCGGAUUUCUGGAAGCCAGACAGGGCGGAGGAGAGGCCCAAGCAGGAAGCUCCGUCCCCGAAAAACCCCUUUACUCUGGCCCUCAGCCCGAACUCCCCAAGCAACCCCUUCGUGGAGACACCCCCAGACCCCCCCCUCCUCCCUGCUCAAGCUGCGCUGCCCGAAAAGCUUGACCAGGGCGACUUCAGCUUUGCCGGCCUCCACGAGGAAGCCCUCGGGCAAGGCUUCCUGCCCGCUAACCCCACCGCCGGGCACCCGCUCGUGCAGCCUCCCUUCCCGCAUGCCAGCCAGCCCUUGGCCUUCUCCACCCCUUUCCUCGUGGCUGCCACUAACCCCGAGCAGUUUGGUUUCCCCUCCCCUGCCGUGUUCCCCGCGAGCCUCCGCGGGGUCCCCGCCGCCUCCAGCCGCGCAGCCGCCCAGCCCUGCCCUUUGCCGCAGCCCGGGGACACACAGGCUUCAGCGCUCGUGGUUUUGCCCAGGGAGACACAGCCAGCUGAGAAGCCCCUUUUCCAGCAGACGACCAGUCCCCACCCGGUGAAGCCCAUCAGCGCCGCGGUGCAGGAGGUCUCUGCUGAGAGGAAGCAGCAGCACAGAUCCAGCCUGACCUCAGCACUGAGCAAUGGCCUGGAGAAGCUGAGGACAGUCACCACGAGCAGUGUCCAGCCCGUGGCCCCGACCUCCCACCCGGAGAAAACGGACUCCAAGAAGUUAAAGGAUCCCACCGUGCCGGACCAGUCAGCCAAGUAUUACCACUUGACCCACGACGAGCUCAUCCAGCUUCUGCUGCAGAGGGAGAUGGAGCUGAGCAAGAAGGAGGAGCACAUCCACGAACUGGAGAACUACAUUGACCAGCUGCUGGUUCGCAUCAUGGAACAGUCUCCCACGCUCCUCCAGAUCCCACUGGGGGAAGGCAACACCAAGUAACCUCUGCCCAGAGACCAGCAGCACUCGCCUAGAGCACUUCUCCAGUUAAACACGCUGCAAACAUCCCUGCACUCCCCCCUCCUCUUCCAAGAGGGCUCCAGUGGCUUCCGUUCGCAGAGUUUAGCGGGAAAGGUUGUCUGCUCCUUCCCAGCCCAAGCUUCUCCCAGCUCUGGCUCCAGGGAACUGUAGGGUGGAUGAUGGGCAGUCGUGCACCCUAUGGGGAGGAGCAGAGCCCUCCACCUGAGGCAGAUGCCUCCUUAGGUUCCUGUCCUUGUGACCAAGUGCCAUCUUCUUGGGCGCUCACCCUGCCAGUGCUUUAAGCGGCUCAUGGACAUUUGAGAGCUGGAAACCACCUCGCCCACGACUUCAUCCUGCUGCUGCUGCUCUUCUGCCCACACUCUUCCUCAUCUCUCUUCUGAAGUGGUGUCCCCUGGCUGGAGGAUAGUGUUGAACUGGUUGAGGACAGCGGGGAUGUUUAACCCAGGAAAGCUCUCCCAGCACGUUAGUGACUGCAGAGCAGGGCUGUUGUUGGAUGCCUCCUCCCCUUCCUGCCCCAUUAACCCCCCAGAAUGAAGGGUCUGUGUCUGAAGAGCCAGCUCCAGUUUGUGCCAGUUCCUGACCGCUGGGAGAUGCUACACAAAGGGACAACAAUGGGGUUGGAGGCCAUAAAGGACUUGAUCCAAUGUCACUGCCUGACCAUGAGCUGUGUUGGCUCCUUCACUCCGUGGGUGCAGAGUGGUGAUGCUGCCUCAGCUCCUCAAAACUCAGCUUGCAGCAUGGAAAAGUGAUGGUUGGUGCACCGUGAGGGCUCCAGGAAAUCUUCCUGCUUCCCACCCAACCCAUCCCCAGCCUGGCUGUGCCUCGGGGGGAUUCCUUUGUGUAUAAACCACAGCUCAAUUUUCUA